AUGCAAUUGGCACAGCAGCUCCAGCGGGCCGCCGCGCCCACAGCAAGCUGCAUCCUGGCUUUGGCUCUGUUUCUUGCUCUACAGGGUGCCGCUCACGCUGCUCCAUCAGGAGACAACAAGCUGGUUCGUACCACCAGAGUGAGGAGGCAGGCCCCGGGGGAGGAUCAGCCCCCCUCUGCUUCCUCGGUGAACCAGACCCUGCGGGAGCAACCUGUGGUCUUUAACCACGUCUACAACAUCAAUGUGCCCUUGGAGUCUUUGUGCUCUGUCGACCUGGACGCCUCUGCACCACCUGCCCCAGGUGAUGGCUCUCGUGCCGAGUUGGGAUCCAGACCUUCUGUGGAGGGACCGAUGGAUCCGACCGGACCAACAGAAUACACUGAACAGACGCUGGAUGCUGACAGCCAGGUGACAUUUACCCACCGCAUCAACAUCCCAAAAGCGGCGUGCGGCUGUCCUGCAACGAUCACAAUCCAGCAACUGGCCACCAGGGUGGAGAUGCUGGAGAGAGAGGUUUCCCUGCUCAGAGCUCAGUGUGGAUCUGGAUGCUGUGGAGACAGCUCAGCCAUGGGCCGUUUGGACUUCGUCCCGGGCUGCGGCGGCCACGGCAGCUUCAGCUUUGACCUGUGCGGCUGCAUCUGCGAGGAAGGCUGGACCGGCAAAAACUGCUCCGAGCCUCGCUGCCCGAACGACUGCUCUGGCCAGGGCGUGUGCGUGGAAGGCGAGUGCGUGUGCGACCGCGACUUUGGAGGUGACAACUGCUCGGAGCCACGGUGCCCGUCAGACUGCUCGGGCCGCGGCCUGUGCAUCGACGGGGAGUGCGUGUGCGAGGAGUCCUUCACCGGCGAAGACUGCAUGGUCGGAAGGUGCCUCAACGACUGCUCGGACCAGGGCUUGUGCAUCAACGGGACGUGCCACUGCCGGCCCGGGUACGUGGGAGAGGACUGCUCGCUGGUCUACUGCGCCAACAACUGCAGCAAGAAGGGAGUCUGCAAAGAGGGCUUCUGCGUGUGCCAGGACGGCUUUGCUGGAGACGACUGUAACUCUGUGGCCCCAGCGAUGAAUCUGAAUGUGCGAGGGGUGACGGAUCGCACUAUUGACCUGGAGUGGGAAGGGUCAGUUGUGCUGACAGAUUUCUUGGUGACCUACACACCAAGCAGCCCCGGAGGUGUGCAGCUCGAGAUAAGGAUUCCAGGCAAUACCACCACCUGCACUAUCUCAGGGCUGGAGGCAGGCAUGGAGUACAACAUCAACGUGUUUGCUGUCAUUAACAACACUAUCAGCAUCCCUGCCAGUAUCACUGUUUGGACCUAUCUCUCCAAUCCGGAUGGUUUAGUCUUCAAAUCCAUCACGGAGACGUCGGUGGAGGUCCAGUGGCAACCCUUCUACUAUUCCUUCGACGGAUGGGAGAUCAGCUUCAUCCCCAAGGACAACGACGGAGGGAUGACGGCACAGCUUCCCAGCACCAUCACUUCUUUUGUGCAAACUGGCUUGAGGCCCGGCGAAGAGUAUACGGUGAACCUGGUGGCGCUGCGAGACCAGGGUCGAAGCCAGCCGGUCACUGCUACCGUCACAACACUGAUUGAUGGUCCGACUCAGCUGAUCGUGCGCGACGUGUCAGACACCGUGGCGUUUGUGGAGUGGACGCCACCAAAAGCAAAGAUUGAUCAGAUUGUGUUACGAUACGGCCUCGUGGGAGGAGAAGGGCCGCGGACCACCUUCCGCCUUCAGCCCACACUCAGCCAGUACUCUCUGCAGGUUCUGCGUCCCGGCGCUCGUUACGAGGUGUCUGUGAGUGGUGUGAGGAAAGGAAACGAAAGCGGAUCCAUUUCCACUGAAUUUACUACCGAGAUCGAUGCCCCCAAGAACUUGCGGCUCGUGUCCAAGACUUCCACCACUCUUGAGCUCGAAUGGGACAACAGUGAAGCUGAGGUGGAGGGCUACCAGGUGGUGUACAGCACACUGGCAGGAGAUCAGUAUGAUAAAGUCAUUGUACCACGCAACGAGGGAGCCACCACCAAGACGAUGCUCACAGACUUGCUCCCAGGCACAGAGUAUGGCAUCGGCAUUUCUGCCAUGAAAGGUAGCAACCAGAGUACCCCGGCAACAAUGAAUGCAAGGACGGGCCUGGAUGUACCAUUAGACCUGACUGUGACGGCGUCUACAGACAACACCAUUACUCUGGUGUGGGGCCUCGUCCAGGGCCCCAUCGACCACUACAAGGUCACCUACACGUCUUCUUUUGGCAUCACCACCGAGCUGACGGUUCCUAAAGACGUAACCACCACCACUCUGACGGACCUGGAGCCGGGGACUGAGUACACCAUCACUGUAGCAGCCAGAAGAGGAAGGCAGCAGAGCACUGCAGCCACCAUCGACGCCUUCACAGGAAUCAGGCCCGUAACCCACCUCUACUUGUCAGAGGUGACUUCAGACUCCGUGUCGGUGGCGUGGAGCGCCCCAGCACCGCCCGCCGACCUCUUCAUUCUGAGCUACAGCUCUGCCGACGGGACCGACACCUCUAAGGUGACGCUGGACGGCUCCAAGACGAGGUCGCUGGUCCAGGGGCUGCUGCCGUCCACUCAGUACACCGUCAGUCUAAUCACAAUACAGGGGGAUGUUACCUCUGAGCCCAUUACUGCAUCACUCACUACAGGCAUGGACCCGCCAAAAGAGAUGACGGUGUCCGAUGUGACCGAGGACGCGGUCACCAUCUCUUGGAUCAAACCGCUGGCUCCGUUUGAAUACUACAAGCUGUCCUACCAGUCAGACAGAGGUCGAGUGGACAGCAUGGUGAUCGACAGCGAUGUGACCAACUACACCCUGUCCAGUCUGUUUCCGGCGACGGAAUACGAGAUCAGCCUCAACGCCGUCAGGGGGAGUCAGGAGAGCAAAGUUGUCAGCACUUCCGUCUUCACAGCAAUGGAUAUGCCAGCCGAGUUGACGGCCCUCAACAUCACUCCACAAGGAGCCCUGCUGAGGUGGAAUCCCCCGGUGUCCAACGUCGACAACUACGUGCUCACGCUCACGUACAACCAGGUGACGGCUGAUACUUUCCUGGUGGAAGGCAACAAGCAGGAGCACCAGUUGUCUAACCUCAAGCCGAGCACCACCUACUCCGUGUCCCUCUACGCCACCAAAGGACCCCUCACAAGUGGCACUGUCAUCACCAACCUCCAGACACCCAUGGACGCACCCCUGAACCUGACAGCCAGCGAAGUGAAUCAUCGCAGCGCUCUUAUUUCCUGGCAACCACCAAUCGCAGAAAUUGACAACUACAUGCUCACCUAUACGACAGCCGACGGCAGCCGGAAAGAGCUGAUCCUGGAUGCGGAGGACACGUGGAUCCGACUGGAGGGAUUGGCUGAGACUACAGAGUACACCGUCAAGCUGCAGGCUGCAAGAGGACUCGACACCAGCGCUGUGGUCUCCACUACCUUUACUACAG